AUGGAACACCAACAACACGAUGAAAUCAAACAGAUUACUCUCUACGAUGUUGCAUCUGGUCUGAAGCCACAAGCAUCUUCCCCCAGCACUUGGCGAGCAAGAUAUAUUCUCAACUAUAAACGCUUGCCCUACAAGACUGUCUACGUCUCCUAUCCCGACAUUGAUGCCCUAUGGAUUCGUCUCGGACUUUCGCCAAUGGAUCAAGGUCCAAAUAGACCAAAGACGUUUCUCCCAGUCAUCUCUGUUCCGUCUGAAGACGGCGGACCUCCAAGCGUCAUUGCUGACUCUAUCAAUAUAGCCAUUUUUCUAGACGCCGAGUAUCCAGACACACCUCGCGUCUUACCACCAAACACGCGCGCGUUGCAAAUCGCAUUUGCGCAAAACGUUGUCAUUUCUACUCUCGCACCUGCAAUAUUCCCAUUCAUCCUCCCACGUAUGCCAGCGACCCUCGACCCGCGGGGUGCAGAGUACUACAAGUCUACACGCGAAAAGUGGUUCAACAUUCAACUAGACGAAUACUAUCCACGCUCACCUGAAGCGUUUCAAGCCCAGCUCGACAAGAUACACGGAGUUCUCGACGUAAUUAACCGCUUCCUCGAAUAUAAUCGUCAGGAGGGAAUGACGGUGAAAGUGGAUGGUGCUACUUCAGCGAUGGAGGCGCAAAAUGAAUGGGUCAUGGGAUCCUUUGGCCCUACAUUUGCAGAUUUUGGUAUCGGCGCGUUGCUCCUUUGGGUGAGGAUCGUUUGCAGGGACGAGAAUGAGACCGAAGCUACAAGUGGUGGUACCGGAGAAUCUGUAGCCGUGCGAAUUGGAGCUGGAAAGAACGAGGUGUGGGAGAAGAUUGCGACUUGGCAUGGCGGCAGAUGGGCUCGUCUCACACAAGCACUUGAGCAGUGGAAAACGGUUGAUUAA